UGAGGAACCGACCGGUGAGUACCUGUGCGAAUUCAGUCCUGUAGGAAGCGCCUUGUUCGCCUGCUGGCCUUAGCUGGGCUCUCCGCUUCUCUGGAGGGGAGGCGGUGCGGGAACUCCCGUAGGCGUGAGCUGGAGCGCGCGCCCGCUGCUCUCUCCAGGUCAGGCCGCGCCAGUUCGCGUCCGCAAAGCCCGUCCCUCUCUUCCGCAGGCACCAUGUUCCUGACUGCGCUCCUCUGCCGCAACCGCAUUCCCGGCCGUCAGUGGAUCGGGAAGCACCGGCGGCCGCGGUUCGUGUCGUUGCGCGCCAAGCAGAACAUGAUCCGCCGCCUGGAGAUCGAGGCGGAGAACCACUACUGGCUGAGCAUGCCCUACAUGACCCGGGAGCAGGAGCGCGGCCACGCCGCGGUGCGCAGGAGGGAGGCCUUCGAGGCCUUAAAGGCGGCCGCCACCUCCAAGUUUCCCCCGCAUAGAUUCAUUGCGGACCAGCUCGACCAUCUCAAUGUCACCAAGAAAUGGUCCUAACCCUGAGUCGUCACCCUUGGAUUUUAUGGAUCACGGGGCUGCCCUUCUUUACCUGGUUCUGGAACUGAAAAACUGUAGCUACUGUGAAAAUGAGCCUUUGGACCAGUGUUUAUUAAAACAAACAAACAUGAAUAGUCUGCAUAUAGAAUAUCUAGGGCUGUAAACCCUCCAAUACUUAAAAGUGUAAUCGCUGUCCUGUCGUUUCUUUAGUCUGAUAGGAAGAUAGGGAUUUCCUCAGUCACAUGAUAUUUUGAAGGAAAGCUGCAAUAAAACCACAGACUAUGAUUUGAGGUCUUUGCUUAAGUGUGAGAUACUUGAUGGGGGUUUAUCAUGCAACAUUAGUUUGCUUACCUUAAGAAUUGCCCAAAAAUAAAAGGAAAUAUGAGCUUUUUAGUUAAACAUACUCCCACAAACAUUUUCUGGGAUUUUACUACUAAAAGUGGACAUUUAAGCGACGUCAAAGAGGCCGGGUGCGGUGGCUCACGCCUGUAAUCCCAACACUUUGGGAGGCCAAGGCGAGCAGAUCACUUGAGGUCAGGAGUUCAAGACCAGCCUGGCCAAGGUGGUAAAACCCUGUCUCUACUAAUACAAAAAAAAAAAAAAAUUAGCUGGGCAUGUUGGUGCAGGCUUGUAAUCCCAGCUACUCGGGAGGCUGAGUUGGGAAGAUUGCCUGAAUGAACCUCAUGCCUCAGAGGCAGAGGUUGCAGUGAGGUGGAGGUUGCAGUGAGCCAAGAUCAUGCUAGUGCACUCCAGCCUGGGAGACUGCAUCUGAAAAAAGGAAAAUAAACGAAGUAAAGAUAUUUAUCA